UAGUUAGUAAAUAUGAGGAGGAAGCAGCUCGCUGUUUGCUUUCUGACUUGGAUGUUUCGUUAAACUAUUAUGUGUGGGGACAAAAGAUGAAGUGGCAUUGUUUCCGACGACACCUGAAGGCACCACCUCCCCAGCGCUGGAGGUGAUUAGGGGACUCACUGGACGAGCUGACUAGCCCAGAGCCGCCUCUCCAGCCACUCCCUACGCCCGGCAGUUUCUGCGCUCUCAAGUCCAUCAGAGCUCCAUUCAAAGUGCUGAGAUUCGGAUGAGAGCCUCUUCCAGCCUCAUCCAACACAGGCAGACACUAGUUAACCCAAAGACAGCAGGGAAGGGCUUCAGGAGCCUCUCCUGACUUGGAGAAUCAUCCCGGGAUCUUUUUUUUUUCUUGUCCGUGGAGUGGAUUUAGGACAAGAGGGAGCAACUUCCACAGAGGUAAAGCGGGGGGGACGACUACAGCCAAGAUGGAGGUGAAGACGUCACUUCUAGACAAUAUGAUUGGGGUCGGCGACAUGGUCCUCCUGGAGCCCCUCUCUGAGGACUCCUUCCUUGGCAACCUGAAGAAGCGCUUUGACCACAGUGAGAUCUAUACAUACAUUGGCAGCGUGGUGAUCUCCAUGAACCCUUACAGGUCCCUGCCCAUCUACACACCAGAGAAAGUAGAGGAGUAUCGCAACAGGAACUUCUACGAAUUAAGCCCACACAUCUACGCUUUGGCAGACGAGGCCUACCGCUCGCUGAGGGACCAGGACAAGGACCAGUGCAUUCUCAUCACAGGGGAGAGCGGAGCUGGGAAAACUGAGGCCAGUAAGCUGGUAAUGUCGUAUGUGGCAGCAGUGUGUGGGAAGGGCCACGAGGUGAAUAAGGUCAAGGAACAGCUGCUGCAGUCCAAUCCCGUGCUGGAGGCUUUUGGAAAUGCCAAAACUGUAAGAAAUGACAACUCUUCCAGAUUUGGAAAGUACAUGGACAUUGAGUUUGACUUCAAAGGAGAUCCCCUGGGCGGAGUCAUCAGUAACUGCCUACUAUGCCCGAGAUGCCCUUGCCAAAAAUCUCUACAGUCGCUUGUUUAGCUGGCUGGUCACCAGAAUCAAUGAAAGCAUACAAGCACAAACUAAAGCUCGGCACAAGGUCAUGGGCGUCCUGGACAUCUACGGCUUUGAGAUAUUUGAGGACAACAGCUUUGAGCAGUUCAUCAUCAACUACUGCAACGAGAAACUGCAGCAGAUCUUCAUCGAGCUGACCCUGCGUGAGGAGCAGGAAGAGUAUGUCAGAGAGGGCAUCGAGUGGACCAACAUUGAAUAUUUCAACAAUGCCAUCAUCUGUGACCUGAUUGAGAACAAUCAAAACGGCAUCUUGGCCAUGCUGGACGAGGAGUGUCUGAGGCCGGGGACGGUCACUGAUGAGACCUUCCUGGACAAACUGAACACCAUCUGUGCGGACCACCAGCACUUUGAGAGUCGGCUGAACAAGAACUCAAAGUUCCUCAACGACCACAGCCUGCCGCACAACUGCUUCCGCAUCCAGCACUACGCCGGCAAGGUGCUGUAUCGUGUGGAGGGCUUUGUGGAUAAGAACAAUGACCUUCUGUACCGGGACCUGUCACAGGCCAUGUACAAAGCCAACCACAGCCUCAUCAAACAGCUGUUUCCUGAAGGCAACCCAGCCAAAGUCAACCUGAAGAGACCCCCAACUGCUGGAUUCCAGUUCAGAGCUUCAGUGGGCACGCUGAUGAGGAACCUGCAGACCAAGAACCCAAACUACAUCCGCUGCAUCAAGCCCAAUGAUAAGAAGGCAUCCCACAUCUUCACCGACUCUCUGGUCCGCCAUCAGGUGCGCUACCUGGGCCUGAUGGAGAACGUCCGUGUGCGACGAGCAGGCUAUGCCUUCCGCCAGCCCUACGAGCCCUGCUUGGAGCGCUACAAAAUGCUCUGCAAAAGGACCUGGCCGCAUUGGAAGGGGCCUGCAAGGGAAGGAGUGGAGGUGCUGAUGGCCGACCUCCAGAUUCCAACAGAAGAGAUCUCUUAUGGCCGCUCCAAGAUCUUCAUCAGAAACCCAAGAACGCUCUUUUUCUUGGAGGAGAAGAGAAAGCAGUGUCUCCAGGACCUUGCCACACUCAUUCAGAAGAUCUACAGAGGCUGGAAGUGCCGCACGCACUUCCUGUUGAUGAAGAAGAGCCAGAUAGUGGUGGCAGCUUGGUACCGCCGCUACGCUCAACAAAAGAAGUACCGGAACAUCAAGAGUGCUACCACCAUGGUUCAGUCGUACACCAGAGGCUGGCAGGCUCGCAAACUUCUGCGAGAGCUGAAACAUCAGAAGAGAUGCGAGGAGGCAGUGACCACCAUCGCAGCGUUCUGGCACGGCACCCAGGCACGGCUGGAGCUGAGACGUCUGAAACAAGAAGUGCGGAAUAAACACGCUGUGACAGUAAUUUGGGCUUACUGGCAGGGAACCAAGGCCCGGAGAGAGCUGCGUCAGCUGAAGGAGGAGGCGAGGAAUAAACAUGCCGUAUCGGUCAUUUGGGCUGGCUGGCAGGGCACCAAGGCUCGCAGGGAGCUCAGGAGACUGAAGGAAGAGGCCAGGCGUAAGCACGCUGUCGCUUUGAUUUGGGCCUACUGGCAGGGACUCAAGGUCCGCAGAGAGUACAGGAAGUUCUUCAGGGCAAAUGCCGGCAAAAAGAUCUACGACUUUACCAUCCAGCGAAUUAUACAGAAAUACUUCCUGGGCUUGAAGAGCAGCAUGCCUUCCAUGUCCCCCAUAGACAGAAAGUGGCCGGCCACGCCGUACGGCUUCCUGGAUGGAGUCCACACCGAGCUCCGGAAAAUCUUCCAUCACUGGAGGUGCAAGAAAUACAGGGACCAGUUCACCGAGGAGAAGAAGGCAGUGUAUGAGGAGAAGCUGGAAGCAAGUGAGAUCUUCAAGGAUAAAAAGGCUCUCUACCCAAGCAGUGUGAGUCAGCCUUUCAAAGGAGAUUACCUGGAGAUCAGCAAGAACCCCAAAUAUCAGAAACUCAACAGUGCUGUGGACGAGAAGGUCCUGCUGGCCGACGUGGUCAACAAGAUUAACAGGGCGAAUGGCAAGGGAACGCCACGGAUCUUCCUGCUGACCAAGAAGAACUUUGUCCUGGCUGACCAGAAAACGGGCCAGGUGAAGGCCAGCAUUCCUCUGCCAGACGUCACUAGCGUGUCGGUCAGCACGCAGAAAGACGGCUUCUUUGCUCUCAAACUCAAAGAGGGUUCGGCUUCAGCUGUCAAAGGAGAUUUCUUGCUCAGCAGUGAGCACCUUAUUGAAAUCAUCACCAAGCUCCAUCGCAUCGGGGCGACCGCCGCAGACCGGGAGAAACUUAAAGUUGACAUCUCGGAUGAGUUCCUGGUGCAGUUUAAGCAGGACAAAGUAUGCGUGAAGUUCAUCCAGAGCAGCCCGAAGAACGGCAACAGCGUGUCCUGCAAGCGCAAGAACAACCGCCUGCUGGAGGUGUCGGUACCCACAUCGCCAUAGUGAAGUCUCCACUGCUGUCGUUGAGCGCUCGGUCUGGCGGCGACUAAACAUCAAACCAUCGCCCUCCCCCAAAACUCUGGACUCAAAAGCCGUCACUCCAGUUUCCCCUCUGAGCCUAAAAAUGUGCAGUUAUUUGGCUUUUUGUUCUUAUCAAAGUUUCUAAGGCACAGGUACAGAUGUAACCACAUUGUUUGUUUGGCAUAGAAAGCCCUAAUCUGGGUUGCAUGCCACAGAAAAUUAUUAAAAUGUUUCACUGGUGUUUUGUGAAGCUGGCGCGAAGAGUUGACGCUGCAAAUCUUGUUAGUGCACAACAGACUUCUGUAUACCAAUGGUGACGUUGACAAUGAUUGUUCUGCCUGUACGGUAAAUUAGAGACGUUUGUGACGAGCUCCACAGAUCUCGACUCAUCUGCGUUUGAGCAGCUUUAGCUUUAAAAAGAUGGCUUCAAAUUUGAGAUGACCCCGAGGUCUUUUGGGGUCAGCCUGUCGGAUUUUGUUCUCUGAUGAACAUGAAUACUGCACUUGCUUUCACCUCCGCAUAACAAAAAGAGGAUGACCUGAAAAUGUAUUUGAUUGUAUGUUGUAUUAUUUUCUAUAUUUUCUUUCUCAGAAAAAGGUGGACAGCUGCAAAGUCAAAUGUAAUGUGCUUGAUUUAUUGUAAAACCCCAUUCGUAUCCAUUCUAUGUGCCAUUGAACAGGUCCUGUGACUUGUCACGUGUCGGCGUACAAACACAAACGUUGUUCCCGUUCAUGUCGAGCUAUUCAAAGGGUCAAAAACCUUUCCGAACGGGCAGCGUUGACCUGCAGUGCUGAUGAGGCUGCACAUGUGAUAAAUUGCCAUUUCUCAACACACUGCAGUGUGCAUUGAUUCUCAGGCUUUGUUCUGUAGAGACUUCCUGCACUCAUAUCACAGAUUUCCAUAUAUAAAUUAAAAGAAGCCCCCUGAGCAUCAUGUGGGACUGACCAAAACAGAAAGAUGCCUGACCAAAGGAUUCAUUCCCCUCAUCCAAAGCUUUCUGUGACGCAAACCCUUGAACUGAAUAUUUUUCGUGCAAUAAGUAAAACGUUUUGUCUCAAUUAUUCCCUCUCUGGUAAAACAGCAGUGAGGCCCCAUAACAGUUGCCCUUCCUGUGCCAUAAGCUGUACAUAAGCUUUGAAGGCCGUGGCCCCGACUCGGACAAAGGGCAGUUUAGUAUCUUUAUUUUCAUUGCUGUAUUUGUAAAAUUGCUGUUUCUGCCACUGAAGUUUGAGUCGGUGUUGUGCUCCGCCCACUCGCUCCUAGUGUGUUUUUUGUUUUUUUAGGAAAGGCCAAAUAUUAAGUGACUACAGAUCCUUGAUGAAUCAAAGAAUGGGCAAAUUUGGGUUUUUUACAACUUUAUAGAAGUCUUAUUUAAAAAAAAUCUGGUAUUCAGUCAUUUAUACACGGGGAACAUUCGCGUGUCAAGAAGCGAGAGCUCUAGAUUUUCAGGCACGUUGACUAUUUGUCUGAUUUUUCUGGUGGGGCGUUUUGUACUUUCGGUGAAUGUGCGAGGGAAUGACAUAAAUUAGCUCUUGAUGGCUUUUGCAAUCCAGGGUAUCAUGGUCUGUACAUGGAAAUUGAUUUUGUGUUUUCUUUAAUGUAACGCACGACACAGGGACCUGAGAAAUCAGCCGUUGACCCUCACGUGGGAACAGAUGGGCUGAAUUCCAGUUUUGAUGUAUUUUCCUGGCUACGCUGCUUUCAGUGCAGUUUUAGGGUUCUUCCUCCCCACUCUCUCUCUCUCUGAAUCGCUCUUCUGUUUUGUAUUUGAACAGUUGCUAGAAAUGCAAAAUGAUGUCUGCAUUAUUGUGUGCCUAAUGUUAACCUGUGCUAAGAGACAGAUCAUGGAAAUGCUUCAGUAGAACUCAAUGUAACAUUUACAAGUAAUCUUUUUUUAAAUUAAAUAAAAGUCAGUAAUUAAUAAAUGUUAUUCUGGGACACUCUU